AUGGCCCGGCUGCCGGCGGGUUGGGUCUCUGCAGCCUCGGCGGAGGGAAGGAAGCGAUGCCGCAGCACCGAGGACAGUGAUGAGAGGAGGGGCGACCUACGCCAUGCCGCGCCCGUCCCUCCUGCGGCCCCCGCACCCUCGUCCUCCGCGGGGACUGCCCCAGAGAAGUUGAGGGACCCUUUGGAUCAGGCCCUUGCUUGCCCUGUGGGGCUGUCUGUGCACUCGGGGGUCCCGCGCAACUGCGCAUCGGCCGGAGCGAGUGGUCUGGGAGAGCCCGCUUGUCUCCGUUGUGCCAACGCCGUGGGGUUGAUAAGCCACUUGAAUGUCUCGUUUCGCUGCUGCACUCCUGCCCACCCCGUGUACCUGUCCUUCAGGACCGAUCCCCGUGGCUGCUGGACUGCGAGGCCCGGGCGCGUGUGCUUGGUGGCCCCAGUGCCGUGGGCCCCCGCCCCCGCUGGCCUGUUGGUCACAGGGCCUCAGUUCCUCCCCACGCGCUGCUGGCACUCCACGCCCCCGCUGGGUGACGACUCUGUCGUGGAGAAGUCCCUCAAGUCCUUGAAGGACAAGAACAAGAAGCUGGAGGAGGGAGGCCCCGUGUACAGCCCCCCGCCGGAGGCGACCGUGAGGAAGUCCCUGGGGCAGAGGGUCCUGGACGAGCUGAGGCACUAUUACCACGGCUUCCGCCUGCUCUGGAUCGAUACGAAGAUUGCGGCGCGCAUGCUCUGGCGGGUCCUCCACGGCCACAGCCUCACCCGCAGGGAGCGCAGGCAGUUUCUCCGGAUAUGCGCUGACCUCUUUCGCCUGGUCCCCUUCCUGGUCUUUGUGGUGGUGCCGUUCAUGGAGUUCCUGCUCCCUGUCGCCGUGAAGCUCUUCCCCAACAUGUUGCCGUCCACGUUCGAGACCCAGUCCAUCAAGGAGGAGAGGCUGAAGAAGGAGCUGCGGGUCAAGCUGGAGCUGGCCAAGUUCCUCCAGGACACCAUCGAGGAGAUGGCCCUGAAGAACAAGGCAGCCAAGGGGAAUGCCACCAAAGACUUCUCCGUGUUUUUCCAGAAGAUCCGAGAGACCGGUGAGAGACCCAGCAACGAGGAGAUCCUGCGUUUUUCCAAGUUGUUCGAGGACGAGCUGACCCUGGACAACCUGACGCGACCGCAGCUGGUGGCCCUGUGCAAGCUGCUGGAGCUGCAGUCCAUCGGCACCAACAACUUCCUGCGUUUCCAGCUCACCAUGAGGCUGCGCUCCAUCAAGGCCGACGACAAGCUAAUCGCCGAGGAAGGGGUGGACAGCCUGAACGUCAAGGAAUUGCAGUCAGCGUGUCGGGCACGAGGCAUGCGGGCCCUUGGAGUCACAGAGGAUCGUCUGAGGGAGCAGCUGAAGCAGUGGCUGGAGCUGCACCUUCAUCAGGAGAUCCCCACGUCCCUGCUCAUCCUGUCUCGGGCCAUGUACCUCCCCGACACCCUCUCGCCCGCCGACCAGCUCAAGUCCACGCUGCAGACGCUCCCGGAGAUCGUGGCGAAAGAAGCACAGGUGAAGGCGGCCGAGGUGGAGGGCGAGCAGGUGGACAACAAGGCGAAGCUGGAGGCCACCCUGCAGGAGGAGGCGGCCAUCCGGCAGGAGCACCGGGAGAAGGAGCUGCGCAGACUCUCAGAGGCGGCGAAGGAAGCAGAGCCGGACGUGACGGCAGAGGCCGUCCCUGGGAGGCCUGUGGCCGAGCUGCAGCCAGAAGUGUCUGAGGUGACUCUGCCGUCAGAGGCCCUGAAGGACCCCGCCCCCGUCCUGGAAGGCUCAAAGGACUUGCAAGAGAUCAAGGAACUUUCAAAGGCGGGCACAGAGGUCUGUGUGGAGGAGUCUAAGGCCAGCAAGAGGCUGACGCGGAGAGUGCAGCAGAUGAUCGGGCAGAUAGACGGCCUGCUGGCACAGCUGGAGGCGGACCAGACGGCUGGCAAACUGGGCACGGCCGCCGCCAGCCCGCCUGCAGGGGAGACUGUCAUCAGCGUCACCGAGCUCAUCAGUGCCAUGAAGCAGAUCAAGCACAUUCCGGAAAACAAGCUCAUCAGCUUGGUCUCGGCACUGGAUGAAAAUAAGGAUGGCAAGGUCAACAUCGAUGACCUGGUCAAGGUCAUCGAGCUGGUGGACAAAGAAGACAUUCACAUCUCCACCGGCCAGGUGGCCGAGAUUGUAGCCAUGCUGGAGAAGGAGGAGAAGGUGGAGGAGAAGGAGAAGGCCAAGGAGAAGGCCGAGAAGGAGGCCGCAGAAGUGAAGAACUAGGAGUCGCCUGCUUGUGUGCGCCUC